ACCCAAAUAAGCGUCCGUCUCUCUCCUCGACGCAUUCUCUGCCGCGCCCGCACAUCAUUUUCGCGGGAGGGGAAAGAAGAGGAGCGCAACCGGUGAGUCGCCGUCGACGAGAUCUGCACCGAGCUAGGCUUCGCAGGACAAUGGAUAACAUUUUUAGUGUCACAAAUGGUCGCGUUGCCGAAUCCGAAGAAAUCUUACGAGCAGAUCAGUGGGCUUAUGGUUAUUCUGCCGCUUUUCAAUCUCGGAAUGAUCCUCCAUACUCCCAGGAAGGCAUGUACACAAUUCAUUGGGCUGUGGAAGCAAAAGCAUGAAACUGGACAGUGGAUCGAGGUUGAACCUGAAGCAAUGUCUGCACGCUCCGAAUUUCCUCCUUUUAAUCCUUCUGGCAUAAUGUUUAUGGGGGACAGCAUGAAGCAAACUAUGGAAACAAUGUCUGUUUCCAACGGAGAUGCAAGUGAAGAUGCUUCUAAAGCAGAUCAGAGGACAACUCAUCACUCUGGAGCUCCCCAUGAGUUCUUCCAUGGUCCAUAUUAGUCAGCAUAUCCACCGUUGGCUAUGCAUCCGCCUUACUCUAUGCAAGGCAUACCUUACUAUCCUGGAAUGAACCCAUAUUACCCUCCCCCCUACCCCCCAAUCGAUGAUACCAGGUACCACCACUCAGAAAGGAGAGUAUCAAAGAAAUACUCCUCAGAUAGCAAGGACUCAGAAACUUCAGAUGACGAAAGUGACCAGAGCGGUUCAGAGAGGGAGACUUCUUAUGGUCACAGGUCCCAUAACAAGAAUAAAAGGACAGGCAAGAAGAAGCCCAGUGUGGUUGUCAUACGGAACAUAAAUGUAACGUCAAAAAGACAUGGAUCAUCGGAGAUUGAAUCACAAACAGGUUCAGAUGUAGCAUCUGAGGACAGUGAUGAUCUGAACACCAAGUCCAGAAAGAAAACAGAAUAAGAGCUCAAGUUCAAAGAAGAAAGAUGCUAGAAAGAUCAUUCUUGAGUCUGCAGAUGAUCAUAAUAAGGAUGAAAUGUCGUAUGGGCAAGAUGGAGAUCAAGGGAACUGGAAUGUCUUCCAAAGUUUCCUGCUAAGAGCUGAUGAGAAGACAAGAGAUAAUGAUGCUGAC